AUGUUUUGGUACCCAUGGUCUGAAAGUAUUAAAAAAAGAGCCUGCCGAUAUCUUCUUCAGCGAUACCUCGGUAACUUCCUUGAAGAAAAGUUAACUUUAGAUCAGCUGAGUGUGGAUUUAUACAAUGGAACAGGAACCGUUUCUGAAGUUAGCCUUGACUGCGAAGCUCUUAAUGAACUGGGUGAUACACAAAAUUGGCCCUUGGAAAUAGUUGACGGUCAUAUGCAAGAAAUAACAGUGACUAUACCUUGGUCAACAUUAUUAAAAGAUGAUUCUAUUGUUGAAAUCAAUGGCCUUUCACUUACUGUGCAGCCUAAAGUUAGAGCUGAACCAGUAUCAUCAAUGUUGGAAUCCAUGUGGUCUUCUAUGUCAUCCUCUAUGCAACUGGCUGCUGAAUGCCUUCGCGAUGAGGCAGGUCCACAGGAAACUAAUCCAGUUGAAGGCAUAGAAAUGUUUGCACAUGCAAUAGACUCCCUUCUGAGCAGAGUUAAGGUGAAAUUUGUUAACACCAAGGUCCGAAUAGAACAUGUUCCUAAAAAUGGAAGUAGAGGAAUUGCUGUAGAAGUACACAUUAAAAACAUUGACUAUUUUGACGAAGCUGGUUUGGAUUCUGUACCUGAAUGCUCAGAUACAGAGAAAAAUAAAACUUAUGUGGUCUCAACCUAUUCUAAUAAAAAGCUCCAAUUUUCUGGCAUCUCCUUCUAUAUCGACGAAUUUCCAUCGAAAUUACGUACAAUGGCGCCAAGUUUAAUUAUGGAAAAAUCUGCUUCCUCUCAAGCUGAACGAUCAGAUGGAACAGCAGAGACUCCUGACUCUAACUACCAAAGCACUAUGUCCGAUGUUUUCUAUGAAGCGAGAAGUGUAAUAUCUACAAUUGAUUCUGAUCCAGUUAGAGAUAUUCUUGAAGAUAGGAAGAGUACAAGAGAGACAACACCCGAGGAAGAGAAAGCAAAUCAGCCAGAUCCAAUACUGUUUGCUAAGUUAACUGGUCCGCAAGAGUUAAUGCUAAAGUUGAAGCAUUCAGAGGAGAUAGAAGGGCCUAAAGUUGAGGUCAAGGUGCUUUUGGGCUCCUUUCUUAUAUUUCUCACACCUAGACAGUUGCAUACAUUGAUUGAAUUAUGUGAUGCAUUAAAUCAGCCAGAUUUGGAAGACACAAGCAAUAUACCACUUCGGCCAAGUGGUGCUAAUGUACAAUGCAAGCCAAUGAAACCAGCAGAUUUUCAACUUAUUGAAGCCCAGCUACUUGGUAAUCUGGAGAAAAGAGCUAAGCCCACAGCACUUCAUGGUUGGUCGGGUCCAAGUAUUGAUGACAGUGACAUAGAGAGUGAAAAAUUCCACCCAAUGUCGUCAGAUGCUCAAAUGUCAGAGAGUUUCAAUUCUUCCGUCAGUUCUAUGAGUGCUAGUAUGACAUCCAGCCUUAACAUACCGUCUGCGCAUCCUCGAAUUAAAAGAAAUAGAAAAGUGCCAUAUAUUGACGGCGACCCGACAGCUGAAGUGUCCCAUGUUAGUCUCAGAAUAGCUUCAGUUUCCUGUGUUCUGAUACAUAAGGAUAUUUUAAUAGCAACACCAAUGGGUGUUACUAGCGUGUCACCAUCUUCAGCCAGCAGGUUGCAACAAGUCAGCACUGAAUUCUUCGCCCGCAUAGAAACUUAUUCUAGACAUGAGCACAGGAGAGAUUUGAACACAAUCAACGAAUCUUUAAAUAAAGCUACAGAUCUGAAUCAUUUGAGGUUACUAGCUACAGAGAUAAGUCUCGAUGGCAGUGAAAAGGUGACGUCACACGGCAGCCAAACGAUGUGUGAAGCGGCCAUAAGGACUUUCCUUACUAGGGAAUGUCUGUAUGUCCAAACUCAAGAAGGGAAUAUUCAACAGGAGAAUUAUGAUAUUAUCUAUUUUGAUAGAGAGGACGACGAUCCCGGUAUCGCUUCGGCGAAGUCAAAUCUACGGGUUAACUUCAAACAGACGUCAAAAUAUAUGAGAAUUGGUGGCGAAAAGAAAUUAGUAUACCCCACUACAGAUAUUAUUGUUAAAUGCACACCAUUCCACGUGGAUAUAGACUUGACACGUAUUGAACGAAUGUCCGCGACAUUUUUCAAUAAGACAAGUACCGCGGCAACACCUGCGCCCGCGCAACCACAAAACCAUUUUAACUUCACUCUACACUGUCCCGUUUUAAACGCUAUUCUUCGGUUUCCAAUAGCAGAUCUUCGUCCAGGAAUCAACCGCGAAAUGCGCAGAGUUCGUGCCGAUUACCUCGUGUUCAAAUUCCAAAAUACAACUGUGACCUGCCAGCAGACUCCUAGUGUUCGCCCUUUGCCCACCACCAUUUCUGUGAAGGCCACAAUCCUAGAUCUUUACUACCAUGAAAAUGAGCAUCUACCCGCUACGCAUGUAGCUCAAAGCACUAUGGACGAAUCUUUCUUUUCUGGCGAUAUACUCAAAGGACACUCUACUACAGCACUACCAAUAAUAUCGAUAACAUUUCAACCGCGUGAAAUCAACAAGGGACCAUUCGACUCUCUGGUAGAAGAAUUCAACUUCGAAAAGACAUCAAACCCCAUGACAACCUCUAUGUACAUAAUGAAUAAUCUUCGUAGUACUCAGCCGAGCCCGUUUAGCAGGAAGAAAAUGGCGCAUCAAAGUAUUAGUAAACAUGAAACACAAUCACAAGAUCAAGAGGAAGAAUUAAUAGUACCAGGUACGGAUGAAGAAAUGACGGAAUUCACGAACAGUUCAGUGGAUAAUUCGGCCAUACAUUUGGACUUCAAUCUACCCCUACUGAGUUUGCAGUUAGAAUCGAAGCAGCUUUACGAAAUAAUCUACAAUCGCAUUAACUCAGAUCUAUUGUUGUGGGAGCCCCGCGUGUCUGAAGAAUUUGACGUAACCCCGCAUAUAAGUGCGCCGAUAUAUCCAGCUUUUGGAGUCUGCAAGGGCUAUGAUUCCGACUCGGAAAGCACAUCCUCUGAAGAGGAGAACUUGUAUUACUCUACCUACGACCACAAGGCAAGGAAAAAUAUUGGUAGCAAACCGCCAACGGAAGCCAAGGAGAGCGAGACGCACAAUUUCUGUCUCACUCUUAAAGUCGACAAGGGCUUGUUGACUAUUUACGCACCAGUUAGGGAUACAAACAAACAAGUGGUGCCCGGUCAAAUGGGAGAAUUAGUUUUGGAAGCGCAAAAAUUAUCAAUGUGCCAAGUCAGCGGGCUCAACGGACGCCCCAAGACAGCGCAACUGUGCCUGAGGGGAGGAAAAAUGUCCCUGUAUCAUGAACCUAUUUUGACGAUACCUUCAGAAAAACCAGAUUUACGAUUAUUCGGCACAGCACUACCCUGUCACUUAAGAAAAACUAUAUACCCUUCAAAUAAAGGUGUUUAUGUGAAAGAUAGAAUAGAACCCAAGGACAUGUUUACGAUGGCAUUGAAAACUGAACCAAAUAGCGAUACGCCAGGAUUGAAGACAAUCUGCAUUGCCUUAGGCAUAGAACAAGCGACGCUGCGUCAUAGAGGGGAUAAGGGAAUAGCUUGGUUAACGCAGUUAAUGGAUGUUUUGGAUGUCUUUGACUACCCAGUGCCCGGUUACACGCCUUCUACUGUACUUUCCGAACUACAUGUACAUGUAUGGGAUUGCGCUGUUGACUACAGGCCCUUAUACUUACCAAUACGAACAGUUGCGACGCUAGGAAACUUCAGCGUUUCGAGCAACCUAAUACCAGAAAUGAAUACAUCGUACCUCAGAUUCUUAGCGCAGGAGUGUACUUUGUUCCUUUCGUACAUUCACAACGCGAAAGCAAAUGCACUCGUGCCGCAGGAUGACGAUAAGCAUCCGGACUUACAAAGAAACUACGUUUGUGUCCUCGAUGUUGGGCUGUUUGAACUCUCUUUAAGGAUGGAAGAUAAAACCGGGUCUAACGACCAACCUCAAGUUGACCUCACGGCAUCAAACAAUAUGGUGAACUUAUACACGUGCUGGGACUCUGCUUCGGCCCUUUGCCGAUUGCUCACAUAUGUCGCCUCCGACGGAGACGCAAAUGCGCCGUUUGAACACUCCAGACAUACUAGUAUAUGUUCUGAUCAGCCGUUAGAGCCCCUCGUUGGACUAGAGGAUAAACCAGAAGAAAUAAGAGAACUGUCCCCAAGUGAAAUUCAACAGGUCAAUGACCUCAUGGCUGAAGCUUUGAAAGAGAGCCCUAAUAAUACAAAUGAAGAAGACGAGCUAGUCAGUUCCACGGAGAAGGAAGGAGUUGAAGUGUUUUUCUUCCCAGAUGAGUCUAAUAUUAAACCUAAAGAGGCCUCUGACGGUAUCGAUACGGAGAUGGAUAUACAGAACCUUGACGAGGAAUGCAAAAGCAUAGAUGUUAUAGAGCAAGCGCAGGAGGCUAAGCCGAACGCACAAGUGGCAAAAGAUUUGGGCGAUCCCACGUCAACGCCUAAAGCUUCUCCGAGGAAGAGUAAGCGGAAAAAGAUAAAAUCUGGUGGAGAUGGCAGUAACACAGAUGACGAAUAUUUCAUAGUGGAGACUGCGUAUGCGCAGGAUAAUGAAAUGGACGAGCCCAUUGUAAAUUGGAUCGGACCAGGGCCUGUUUACAUGAUGGACAACCAUUUUUCGGUUCCCGCCGCUAGAUCAGAUGUUCUCAAGGCACCUAAGAGCUUCCCACUGCCAGUAUUAAGGUAUACUCUAUGCGAAAUGAGCGUUACGUGGAAUAUGUACGGUGGAAACGAUUUCCGACCGACCAGUGAUGCGCCCAAGAAGACUGUGAGCAUCGACGUCGAUCCCAGAAAACAGGGCUCUCCUACUACCACUAAACGCAUCAAAGAUUAUGAGCCCUACGAGAAAGGCCGUGCCGUAGCAGCUGCGUACAGAACAGGCGGAGUCAGCUGGUCUGCUGGAAGUGAGCGGGUGCGUGCCUCCGCCCCACCAGUUAAGCACGAGUUGCGGGCGCGCGGUGGCAAACAUCGUGAUCAUCACACAUGCGUCAAACUCUGUCUAACGAAGGUGAAAUUCCAACACGAAGUAUAUCCUCCCGGAGGCACGCAGGCCUCUCGUCAAACGCUAGCUAUCACGAAAAUAGAAGUUUUGGACCGACUUGUUUGCAGCGAUAUUAACAAGCUUCUGAGCCAAUAUAAGUUAAAAGAUGAACCGGAGAGGAAGAAUGCCCAUAUGUUAAUUGUAAAAGCGGUGCACUUACGUGCCGACGCAGCCCUUCCAGCGCAAGAGUGCUGCCUAAAAGUGUCCCUGUUGCCUUUGCGUUUCAACCUCGAUCAAGAUACUCUGGCAUUCCUCGUUGGAUUCUUCUCUAAACUCGGAACGGAUGAAACCAACGAGGAGGACACAAAAAGUGUCGGAGGGCUAUCAACGGAUUCUAGUGGAUCUCGACAAACGACGCCGACACAUCGGCCACCUGUAAUGAGCAUAGGCAGCCAUUUACGCGACCCACCACCCACGCCUACGUCUCUAGGGGAUGGGGAUUGUCUAUCGCUGAACGAUACUGUUCUUCGCGAUGAUGAGCCUCUUAUGGAGACAUAUGAAGCCGAAAGACUCGUCUCGGAAAAUCUCAUUCAGUUGGAGGAAGACUUCCAGAGACUCGCUGUUAAUCAAGAAAAGAUCGCCAUUAAACCUCCUGAUGCUGAACCAGUCGACGACUCUCCCAUAUACUUUAGGCGCAUAGUGUUUUCCCCGGAAGUACCAAUUCGACUGGACUAUGUGGGCAAGCGAGUCGAUCUCUCGGCGGGACCAGUUGCUGGGCUACUUAUGGGUCUAGGGCAGCUCAACUGUUCCGAACUUACCCUCAAACGGCUAGACUAUAAGUUAGGACUUUUAGGCUUAGAGAAACUGGUACAAUGGGCACUACACGAAUGGCUUUCCGACAUCAAACGACAUCAGUUGCCUGGCUUACUCAGCGGGAUCGGACCGAUGCAUUCCUUAUUGCAAAUAAUAACUGGUAUUCGCGACUUGGUGUGGCUGCCAGUGGAACAAUGGCGGCGCGACGGGCGUCUUGUGCACGGACUGCGUCGUGGUGCUGCUUCGUUCACGGCUCGUACCGCUGUAGCAGCAUUAGACAUUACAGCUAGGAUAUUGCACCUUAUUCAGGCGACGGCUGAGACAGCUUUCGAUAUGCUUACGCCUGCUCCCGCUUUGACCAUGGGCUACGAAAGGCGUGAACGACGUCGCAGACGCGACCCAGCUCGCCAGCCGACUGAUAUCAGAGAGGGCGUCACUAGCGCUUACCACACUGUUAGAGAUGGUUUCGCGGAGACAGCGGCGAAUAUAACGCAAGCGGCUCGUCGCGGUCGCGGUACCGGCGUAUUGCGGCAACUGCCGGGUGCUGCUGUUGCACCCCUAGCGUUGGCUGCUGCCGGUGCUGCCGACCUUUUGGGCGGCGUAAGGGCUGCACUUGCCCCCGAUACAUGUCGUGAUCACGCUGACAAAUGGCGCCGGAACGAUCACGACGAUACGACAGAUUAG